UUGGAUGUGCACUCAGUAUAUUCAAAUUUACAGGAGCGAGAGACUGCCUCUGCGAGUAAAUCGACAGAUUUUAGUAAGCCCACUGUAGAUACCUCUGCUUUAACUCCAAGUGGGGAACAGGCAAAAGACCCAGCAGCAAUUGCUGCAGCGAACGCUUUAGCAUUGCAAAUAAACCUUAUACCAUCUAUAAAGAUUGAUUAUACGAUUACGGACAAAGAAAGAGCUGGAUUUAAUAUGAAAGAAUUUAUCAAGAAGCACUUUAUUGCCGGUGCUGCGCGACAAAAUUACGAAGUCUGGGAAAUACAUUUGAUACUAGAAAAAGCAAUGGAUGCGAUGAAAAGUUCACCUAUCCUACUAGAAGUGCGAUGUCCGGUUAACAUAUGUGGCGAUAUUCAUGGACAGUACGGGGAUCUCAUGAGGAUCUUCAAUGCUUGUGGGCUCCCUUUCAAGCAUCGCUAUCUCUUUCUUGGCGAUUAUGUGGAUCGAGGACGCCAUUCUUUAGAAGUGAUCAUGUUGUUGUUGGCUUUACGAAUACAAUUUCCUCGAAAAGUGUAUCUGCUACGAGGAAAUCACGAGUUAUCCAACAUCAAUAGGGUUUAUGGUUUUAAUGCAGAGAUUCGACAACGUUAUCGUAAUCUAGCUGAGUCGAAAGCCCUAUACGACCAUUUCAAUGAGGUUUUUGCUCAAAUGCCGCUGGCUGCUCUUGUUGCUGGUCGAAUUCUUUGCAUGCACGGAGGUAUGGACAUAAUUCCGCAAUACACUCCCCUUUUCGAGUUUCUAAACUUCUCUUUAGGCCUUUCACCUAGUUUAAACAGCCUUGAUGAUAUUAGAAAGUUAAAACGACCUUUGCGAGUUGUACGUGGUUUGGCGCAAGACUUGUUGUGGGCAGACCCUGAGACGGGCACGAAAGGUUUUCAACAAAAUAAGAUACGUGCUGUAUCACACAUAUUUGGUGAAGAGACGGUUCGUGACAAAUGCAAACAGCUUAAUAUUGAUCUGGUUAUUCGAGCGCAUCAGGUUGUCGAGUUUGGUUAUGCGUUCUUCUGUGGUCGCUCUCUCAUUACCGUUUUCUCAGCAGCACGCUAUCAUGAAGAACUUGUUAACUAUGCAGCCGUUGUUAAGGUAGACGCUACACUCGAAUUAUCAUUUGUACAACUUAAGCCGCAAGAGUUCGAAAAAGUUCGCCGAGAAUUAGAACAGAAACACGAGGAAACGGGUGAUCCUGGAGAAGAACCUCAAGUCCCGCUGCCACCACCAUCGGGCGGCAGUGGCGGUGCCACGCAACCACCUGUUUAUCCAUAA